AUGCAGGAUACCGAGUCCCGGUCCGUGCGGCCUAAGCACGCCCCCCCGAUGCUGCUGCCCGAGAUCCUCGAAGUCAUUGUCGAGCACCUCAGCGACAAUGCGACGCUCCGUGCGUUCCUCACGGCAUGGCCCGAGAAGCACCUGACGCUGCCGCUGCAAGCGCUUCGGCAGCUUCUUGGCCACACAACGAGCCAGCUCCGCGUCGCGUGGCCAAUCGUCCACGUAUUAGAAGACAAUCUGGACGAACAGACAAUGGACUAUCUGUACGGGACGUUUCCGUUGUCGCCGCAGAUCCACAUCGAGUAUCCGCUGGGCGACGCGGCCGACCUCGACGACGUCCUUCAAGACUACGGUCCGUGUCUGGCGGCCCUCAAGCUCUACUCGUCGUUCGAAGACAUGGACGACGUCCGGGAGAUGCGCAGUUUGCUGCUCUCGGUGCCGCAUCUGCGCCGGCUCGAAGUCCACCUGAUCGACCGCAAUGAUGCGACGCAUGGGCUCUCGCUUCUGCUCCAAGUGCUCGAGCAUCCGACGCUGACGCACUUGACGCUGGCCAACGGCGAAGAUCCCGUCGAGGUUGACAUUGCCUUUUCGCACCAGCUGCUCAAGUGGCUCCAGACGCGCCGCGUCCAGCAUCUCUCGCUCGAGAACCUGUUUUUGGCCACGAACGCGGCGCUUCCGUCGGCCCUCAGCCGCGCGAUCGCCGAGAGCAGCCAGCUCCAAGCGCUGCACUUGCGGACCGUCGAUGUUUUCGAGAGCAGCGUGCUGCACGGCUACGCCUUGCCAACCUCCGUCACGUCGUUCGAGUGGGAAGAGCUGAGUGCGUCGGACAGCAGUGCCAUCGACAACCUCGUCGCCGCCAUCCAAGAUGCACGGGCCCUGCGGCACUUGGCAUGCAAAAACGCCGUGCGACUCCUCACCGAUACGCGGGUACGCCGCGUGCUUUCCCAGCUCACAUCGCUGACCUUGCACAACGUCACGUCGACCGAGAUCCCGGCGCUGGUCUCGGGCUUACAGCACGUUCCGGGCCUUAAGCGCCUUCACGUGUACAACAGCACGUUCCAAGGUGCAUCCGUUGAAGCUUUUCUCGCCGCCGUGAGCUUGUGUCGGAACCUCGAAGAGCUCUGUAUUUAUGGCCAUCGGUUCACGGCCACAGAACUCGGUCUCUGGCUGGUCGCGGUGCCUCGCUGGCCGCAGCUGCGGUCGCUGGCGCUGGCGUCGCAUCGAUGCUCGCUCCAGCAGUGCCUCUCGCUACUACCGGCCAUUGCUGCCGCGGCCAAGCACCUCACAACGUUGGACUUGGCCAACGACGUGUGGUCGCUCGAGGAAAAGAACGUCUUUUGGCGAGAGCUCGCGACGGUUGCACGCGUCGAAGCAAUCUUGUCGGUGCACAUGUCGACCACCUUUGCACCGUAA